GCUGUCUUCAGAUUGUCAACAAGACGCGAAGUUCGGGCGGGCGGAUUGAAAACCGAGGACGACGUUACAGUUAGAAAACUUCAUUAAACUUACCAGUUUGCCUCACUAAACGUGAUUUUAUCUAUUAACAUUAAAUAUGUUACCCUAUAGCUGUCCUUAUAUUACCUAAUGUUAACACAUUAACGGGAUAUGUGCUGUCUAAGAAGCUAAACGUGUCGCUAAAGAAUCCACGUUAGAUAGUGUAACUCGAGCGUGUUACCAACUAUGGAUCGGCCUGCAAGGAAGUCGAAGGUUAUCAACUACUGCGACCUGGAUGACGAUGAGGACUUUGCAAGUUCAAAGCCGCCUGCCAGCAAGAAACCAAGAGAGGAAAUUAAACCGGUGCUCAAGAAACCCUUGAGCAAGUCCUCCAGUCAGGAUUUACAUCCACAACCCUCAGCCAACCACAGUGACAGGAAGCCGCCGGAUCAGAAGCUGUAUGAGCGAGACCUGGAGGCAGCACUCACCCUGUCUCUGCUCCACGGUACCAAAGACUGCCAUGUGGACCUGUCCCCCACCACGAGUCUGACCCCCACCCUCCACACAGAGCAGUACCCCACCAUGGGUCUGUCCCCCACCGCAGACUUGUCCCCCACCGCAGAAGCUGAGGAUGGACGACGAGGAGAGGAGAGAGAAGAUCCUUCCCCUCUGCUGUUCUCUAACUGCAGCGUAAACGGAAACCUGAUGGGUUUGGACAACAUCCUGGCAGAGCGAGGGUCUUCCAAGGUCAAGUCCUCCCCCAGGACCGGUGAGCCCCCACGGGGUCAGACUCACAACCCAGACCAGGACCCAGACGAGGACUACAAGCCCAGACUCACACCAGAAUCGGAAAGUGACGACAACUCGAGCGGAGUGGCGGAGAGUGAGGAUGAGGAGUUCACCGUGAGGAAGGUCAUCAAGAAAAGCAAGAAGGAGACCAAGAAGAUGGAGAAGAAGACGAAGACUCCUCCUCCUCGUCCUCCUCCCCAGACCUCCUCUAAGAGGGACAAGCUGACCUCCAAAGCAGCUAAAGCCAAACCACCAGCGACAGCUUCCACACCAGUCAGGGCCGCCGCCUCCACGCCCCUCAGAACCCCUCCCUCGGUCAAUCAGGGGUCAGGAUCCAGAAGGCCGCCGCCCCCCUCUGCCGCCACUCCUCCCUGUGUGCCUGCUGCCAGCCCAGCAGGGGGCAGCAGAGUCUCCAAGUGGAAUCCUCCAGGUCAGCUGGGCAGCAGCCCCUCCCCCUCCCAGGGCUCUGCGCUGAGGUCCCCCGCUGGGGGGGGGCUGAGACUGGGGCUGUCCCGCAGGGUCCGGGUCAAACCCCUGCACCCCAGUGUGGCCAGUCACUGACACACACACACACACACACACACACACACACACACACACACACACACACACACACACACACACACACACACACACACACACACACACACACACACACACACACACACACCUCUAAGUCCUCCUCUUCCUUGUCUGUUAAUGACUUUUGUAAAAUGUUAAAUCUUAUUAGAAUUGACCUCUCGUUCUGCUCAUUUCGUUUUUAUUAUUAAAUAUUUCCAUCAAAGUAUACAAUUGUUUGUUCAUUUUAUUGGGGUCAGAAAUUCGUAUCCAGUAAUUUGAUGUAUGACUAGAUGAAGAAUUAUAUGAGAAUGAGUCACACAUUAAGAUUAAAUAGGUAUGUGCCUGGGGCCCUCUAAUUCAACCUGAUCAUGUGCCUUCAGGUUUAUUUUUUCCAUAUUUCCAUUUAUCUUUAUAUCUAUAUAUAUAUAUAUGUACAUCUGUACAGAUAUAGAUAUAUCAAUAUAGAUUGAUGGAUGGAUAUUGGAUCUGGAUAUAUGUGAUGCAGAAUCAGCUGAGGGGCCUUGUGUUUGGCUGGGGGGAGGGCAACGUUUAGGUUAAUUCUAUGAAUUUUCACAAGUUGUAAAACCGAGUCAGUAGUGACUCGGCUAAAAACAUUAAAAACAUUUCGGAAACA